GUUCACCACCAUGUCAAAAUGGCGGGAUGUGCCUUCGACCACAGCUCUGUGUAUGUAAGCCAGGGACAAAAGGUAGCACUUGUGAGGAUACUACAAAACAAGAAACCAAAUCCACUGGGGAACCAGGUCCUGUGAUUCCAUCAUGGCCUAUUCCCCAGCGCUCUGCUCAGCAGACCUACUCAAAGAAGGUGCAGAUCCAACAAAAGGUCAAUCCCAUGGCUCAGAUGACUUUUACCCUCAAGCAGAAACCCUCUGGUGGAUUGCCACAGCAAAUGCAGUCACAAAUGAUACCCCUUUCAUCCCAGACAUUGAUGAUGAAUGUUCACCAUGGACAAACACAGGAAUAUGUUAUCGAACCCAAAUACUUUCCAGUAAAGAAAGUGAUUUCAAGAGAACAAUCUACAGAGAGUUCGAUACCUUUAAGAAUGAGCCAUGAUCCACUUGCUUCAUCUUAUCAGUUGGGAAAUCACACAGGACGUAUCAAGGUGGUCUUCACACCCAGCAUCUGUAAGGUGACUUGUAAAAAAGGCACCUGUCAAAACAGCUGUGAGAAAGGAAACACUACUACCCUGAUUAGUGAAAACGGACAUGCUGCUGACACCUUGACAGCACCCAACUUCCGAGUAGUUAUUUGCCAUCUUCCAUGUAUGAACGGGGGCCAGUGUAGUUCUAGAGAUAAAUGCCAAUGUCCUCCUAAUUACACUGGUAAACUUUGCCAGAUCCCAGUGCAAAGCAGCAGUACUCCAAAACUCUAUCAUAAUCCACAGCAAGCAAGCAAGGCUGUGGGAUCACAUGUCAUCCAUUCUAUGCAUACUUUACCACUGACUAUGCCUGGGCAGCAAGGAGCAAAAGUGAAAUUUCCUCCUAAUAUUGUAAACAUUCAUGUGAAACAUCCCCCUGAAGCUUCAGUGCAGUUCCAUCAAGUUUCACGAAUUGACAGCUCAUCUGCAGCACAAAAAACAAAACCAUCCCAGUCAGGACAUUCCCAGGUUUCUUAUCAAAGUCUACAAUUUCAGAAGACUCAGAAAGGACAUUCACCCUAUUCACAUCAGCAGCCAAUUUCUCACAUAUAUCCAAUUUCUGCUAAAACUCAGCUUGGGCGAUGCUUCCAGGAGACUGUUGGGACCCAAUGUGGAAAAGCACUUCCUGGUCUUUCAAAACAAGAAGAUUGCUGUGGUACUGUAGGUACUUCCUGGGGUUUUCAUAAAUGCCAGAAAUGUCCAAAGAAACCAGUUUACUCUGGAUAUAGCCCAGUGGUGGAUUGUCCACAAGGUUACAAAAGAAUUAAUGCUACUUUUUGUCAAGACAUUAAUGAAUGCCAACUGCAAGGGGUAUGCCCUAAUGGUGAGUGUUUGAAUACCAUGGGCAGCUAUAGGUGUACCUGCAAGCCGGGAUUUGUGCCAGACCCCACACUUUCCAGAUGCAUCCCUGAUAAUGCCAUGGUCACUGAAGAGAAAGGGCCCUGCUACCGGUUUGUCAGUGCAGGAAAGCAGUGUAUGCACCCUCUCUCUGUUCAGCUCAGCAAGCAGCUCUGCUGUUGCAGUGUUGGCAAGGCCUGGGGCCCCCACUGUGAGAAAUGUCCCCUUCCAGGAACAGCUGCUUUUAAGGAAAUCUGCCCUGGUGGAAUGGGCUAUACGGUUUCUGGCUCUCAUAGAAACAAGCUAUACCAUCACCCUGCAGUUAGAGUUCAGCCACCUGUCAAAGGCAAGACCCAGAUUACUCAACAUGUUGCUAAAGGUACUUCUCCUCCACCUCUCCCAGCAAAGGAAGAGCCAGUGGAGGCACUGACCAUCUCACAGAAAAGUGAGCCCGAGGUGGCUGUGCGAGAAGUAGUAGUUGAAAAAACCUCUCCUCCCAUGCCUGUUGAAGUUGGCCCAGAGGUCUCUACUUCAAGUGCUAGUCAAGUAAUAGCACCAACUCAGGUUACAGAAAUCAACGAGUGCACCGUGAACCCUGAUAUCUGUGGAUCAGGACAUUGUGUUAACUUGCCUGUUGGAUAUACCUGCUUCUGCUAUGAAGGAUACAGACUUAAUGAUCAACAAACAAAAUGUUCUGAUAUUGAUGAAUGUUCUCAGACUCCCCAACUUUGUUCCCUUGGGCGCUGUGAAAAUACAGAAGGAAGCUUCCUCUGCAUUUGCCAGGCAGGCUUCAUGGCCAAUGAACAAGGAACAGACUGUAUUGAUGUUGAUGAAUGUGCCAGACCACAUACCUGUGGGGAAGGCCUUUGUGUAAAUACCCUUGGUUCGUAUAUAUGUGAAUAUUGUGAAAGAGGGUUCCGAAUGGACAGAAGAGGACAGUGUGAAGAUAUUGAUGAAUGCUCAGUUCCACAUACUUGUCCAGAUGCACAGUGCCUUAAUACUCUUGGUUCUUACCAAUGUGUCCCUUGCAGAGAUGGGUUCCGAGGCUGGAAUGGAAAGUGUCACGAUAUAAAUGAAUGUCAGUACAGCAGUCUCUGCACAAAUGGGCAGUGUGAAAACCUUGAGGGCUCUUUCCGAUGUCUUUGCAGCCAAGGUUAUCAACUGUCUCAAGAAGGAGAUCAGUGUGAAGAUGUGAACGAAUGUCUGCAGCAACAACAGCUCUGUGCAAAUGGACAAUGCAGAAACAUAGCCGGAUCCUACAGAUGUCUUUGUGGCCAAGGCUACCAACUGUCAUCCACAAAAGACUAUUGUGAAGAUAUUAAUGAAUGCCAAGAAGUCCAUAAUAUUUGCCGUGGAGGGAACUGCAUUAACACCAAAGGUUCUUAUGAAUGUACUUGUCCAAGUGGCUUUCAUCUAAUACCCUCCAGAGGUUGCCAAGACAUCAAUGAAUGUUCGGGAACCAAUCUCUGUUUACCGCAUGGGGAAUGUUUAAAUACAGAAGGCUCUUUCCAUUGUAUUUGUGAACAAGGUUUUACGGUUUCUGGACAAGGCCAGACAUGUGAAGAUAUAGAUGAAUGUGCCAACAAUACUGUAUGCGGCAAUCAUGGGUUCUGUGAAAAUUCUGCUGGCUCCUAUCGCUGUCUUUGUUACCAGGGUUAUCAAUAUCUGCAGGAUGGGCAAGGGUGUGUAGAUGUAAAUGAAUGUGAAAUGCUGAGUGGAGUGUGUGGGGAAGCUCUGUGUGAAAAUGUAGAAGGCUCCUUCCUGUGUCUGUGUUCUGAUGAAAACCAGGAGUACGAUCUAACGACUGGACAAUGUCGCUUCCGCUCCUCACCAGAUGUAACAGUAGGCACCAAGGAACCAGCAGAUGAAAAGAAGGAAUGCUACUAUAAUUUAAAUGAUGCAAAUUUCUGUGAUAAUGUCCUAACAUCCAAUGUUACCAAACAAGAAUGCUGCUGUACUUUGGGUGCUGGCUGGGGUGAUAACUGUGAAAUAUUCCCAUGCCCUGUGCUUGGAAGUGCUGAGUUUACUGAACUGUGCCCUGAAGGGAAAGGAUUCAUACCCUCUGAAGAUCUAUCCUACGGAGCCAUUACAGAAACUUACAAAGAUGCAGAUGAAUGUCAGCUCUUUGGACAAGAGAUAUGUAAGAAUGGCUUCUGUUUAAAUACACAGCCAGGGUACGAGUGUUACUGCAAACAAGGCACAUACUAUGAUCCUGUUAAACUGCAAUGCUUUGAUACAGAUGAAUGUCAAGACCCCAAUAGCUGUAUCGAUGGCCAGUGCAUCAAUAACGAAGGAUCUUACAGCUGUUUCUGUACCCACCCAAUGGUCCUGGAUUCCACAGAAAAGCGAUGUAUCAAACCAGCAGAAUCUAGUGAACAAACUGAAGACACUGAUGUCUAUCAGGACCUUUGCUGGCAACAUCUGAGUGACGAUUUUGUUUGUAGCCGGCCUCUUGUUGGAAAGCAAACUACUUAUACAGAGUGCUGUUGUUUAUAUGGUGAAGCAUGGGGUAUGCAGUGUGCCCUCUGUCCCAUGAAGGACUCAGAGGAUUAUGCCCACUUGUGCAACAUUCAAGUUCCUGGAUCACGGAGGCCAUAUGGGCAGGAUGCAUUGGUUGAUUUUGGACAGGAGCACUACAGUCCAGAAACUGAUCCAUACUUCGUGGAGGACCGUUUCCUGAACAGCUUUGAGGAGUUGCAAGCAGAAGUAUGUGGCAUUCUGAAUGGAUGUGAAAAUGGACGCUGUGUAAGAGUCCAGGAAGGGUAUACCUGUGACUGUUUUGAUGGCUACCAUUUGGACAUGGCCAAAAUGACAUGUGUUGAUGUGAAUGAAUGUAAUGAACUAAAUAACAGGAUGUCUCUCUGCAAGAAUGCCAAGUGCAUUAACACAGAAGGAUCGUACAAAUGUGUGUGUCUGCCUGGCUAUGUCCCUUCAGACAAGCCUAACUACUGCACACCCCUGAACUCAGAUACAGACAGCGAACUGGAAUAAGAGAAGCAGUAGUUGCCAUGUAACUUUAAGCCCAUAUACUCUGCACUGUAUAAAGAAAAGAAAAGAAGCAUAUUUAACUUGAGUUAAGGAUGCUCCUAAUCCAGAGUUUGGCUGUAUAUGGAAAACAAGUAUUAAAACAUAUCUUUGGAAAAAUGAAAAAUAAUGUGUUAAUUUACAUCAACUUCACUAAAGCGCCAGACCAAAUGGACACAUUUUCCAUGUAUGGAAGAAAUAAUGAAGUAUAUAGUGUGUUCAUAAGUAAAGUUCAUACGAGUAAGCAAACUAUGCUAUUAAUUUUUUUUUGAACAGAAAACGUUUUUUAACUAUUGCUUGAUUUAUUUGACAUUUAAUUAGUUGUGAAAAUAUUUUAUAUUACUUGUUGAUUUAGCAGUUCUUUGUCUGCUGUUUCUUUGGACGCUUCUCUUCCCACCUUGAUGCAAUUGCAAUAGAAACAAUUUUCUAAACACAAGGUAAUGGCUCAUCUUUGUCUGGAACAUUGGCCAGUUACUUUUUAAAAUUCCUUAUUGUCUGCCCUGUGGAGCAGGCUCUGUUUUCUUUUUUUUAAAGAAGUGCACACAUCAUCGAGAGAAAUCCUAUAUAUUAAUUUUGUAGUCCAUGUGGCCUUUUUACUGCACUUAACAUACCUUAGGACCUGCCUUGCUGCGUUUCAAAGCUGCUAGAGGAUGACCAUUGGAUACCUUUUGUGCAUCGUAACAAAAGAUCUGAGUGCCUGUCUGCAUUUGAAUGUGUAAAUUGAACACAGAUUUUGUAUUGAUUACUCUUACGUAUUAAACCUGUAUAUUAAAACUCAAUAAAAACUACCGUUUUUUAGAAAAA